CUCCCCCUGCAGGAGUGCAUCCAGCUGUGUCGCUCCGCCCUCACCGCCGAGAGGCCCGUCAUCCCGGGCGAAGCCCACCUCCAGCCUCCUCCUCCUCCGUCAGACACCGAGUCUCUGCCUCCCCUCUCGCUUUUAUCCCCCACUUCCUCCUUCCUCUCCUCCCCCCAGGCCAAGCGCUCCUACUCCAUGGAGCACUUCCGCUGGGGGAAGCCCGUCGGGCGAAAGCGCCGCCCGGUCAAAGUCCUGACCUCCGACGGCAUGGAGGAAGAGUCCGCCGAGCUGCUGUUCCCCGAAGACGUGAGGAAGCGGGAGCUCGCCGGUAAGAUGGCAGCAACAGAGGAGGCGCAGGAGGAGGAGGAGGAGGAGGCGGAGGAGGAGAGGGUGCAGGAGGUGGCGGAAGAGGAGCAGGACCAGAUCCCGGGUGACGUCCACGAGAAGAAAGACGGCACGUACAAGAUGAAGCACUUCCGCUGGGGCAGCCCGCCGGCCAGCAAGCGCUACGGCGGCUUCAUGAAGAGCUGGGACGAGCGCAGGCAGAGGCCGCUGCUCACGCUCUUCAAAAACGUCAUCAACAAGGACGGACGGCAGCAGGAGAGAGAGAAGUGAGGGAGGACGGAAGAGAGAGAGAGAGGGAGAGAGAGAGGGAGAGAGGGAGGAGACAGACACACGAGGAGCACACAGACUGGCCAGCAAGUCCUCCAAACUGAAUGAAUGAAGUUGUUUGUCAAUGUCGUCUAAAUAUGACCCAUGUGAGCGUUUUCUGGCUCCCGUAUCCACAGGUAACCCUGUCGCCUAGAGAUUACAUUGAUAUUUCAAUGCAUCAAUUAUUAAUUAUUAAUCGGUAUAUUGUUGCUUUAAUUGUUUGGAGAACAAAAGAAAACGUCUAUUCCAUUUUGCCAGAGUCUAAGUUGAUGUCAAAGGUCUUUUUUUUGUUCAACCAACUGUCCAAAAACCGAAAGAUAUCCAGUUUGCAAUGAAUAAAGUGCUCAU